AUGUCGGACCACGAGCAUGGAGCCAACGACGACCUGUCACUACCAAAAGCGACGGUCCAGAAGAUUGUCAGCGAGAUCCUGCCGCCCUCAACAGGCGUGUCUUUCUCAAAAGAGGCCCGUGACGUCCUCAUUGAGUGCUGUGUCGAGUUCAUCACUCUCAUCUCCUCGGAGGCCAACGACAUCUCAGAAAAGGAGGCAAAGAAGACCAUCGCCUGCGACCACAUCACAAAGGCUCUCGAGACACUGGGCUUCGGGGACUACGUCCCGGCCGUCUUGGAUGCCGCAGCCGCGCACAAGGAGACCCAGAAGGUCCGCGAAAAGCGCGGCAACAAAUUUGAGGAGAGUGGCAUGUCCCUCGAAGAACUGCAACGACUGCAGGAAGAGCAAUUCGCAGCGGCCAGAGAGCGUCACAACUAG